AUGGUGAAUACGCGCCAUACCAAUUUGGGUCAGAACAACAUCCAAGAAGACGUAGAAUCCAUCGGCCCUGAGGCCCGAAUAGCCAAUCUGAAUCAACAAUUAGCUCAAGCACAAAAGAAUGUGGAGGAUCUAUUGGCUCAGAAUGCAGUGUUGUUAGCUGCCAGAACACCCGCACCGUCACAACACGUAGAAGGGGGAGAUAAUAGCCGAAUGAAGGAGGAUCCGCCGCCACCUCCAUCAACCGAAGCAGAGAGAAGGUUACAGAGGAUGGUCCAGGACUUAGGGGCAAAGUAUGAUGUGCUGUCAAAGACCGUGGCUGAAAAGCAAGAAGAAGUAGCUAAUGCAGCUCUUCCCGAGAAAUUCAAGAUUCCUGACAUCCCUAUCUUUACGGGAAGUGAGGAUCCAAUGGAGCACCUCAUGGCAUUUCGGUCGCAUACAUCUUUGCACAAGACCCCUGACAUAGUGGUGUGUCGAGCUUUCCCGCUCACAUUGUCAAGGAAGGCCCAAGACUGGCUUAGGAAUCUUCUACCGAGGUCUAUCGAUAGCUUCGAUACUCUCGGGCAGAAGUUCCUGACACAGUUUGUGUCAGGCAGGGAGAAGUUGGACACCGAGAGUGCCCCUGAUGACUUCAUUUACAGUGCCAUUUUUCAAGGGCUAAAAAAGGAUGGGCCCUUCAUGGCAAAAUUGGCACUAAAACCACCGAAAGACCUGCACGCCUUCAUGAUCAAUGUUGAUAGGUACAUCAACCAGGAAGAAACGCUUCGGGCCUUCGCAAGCCAGCAAGAAAGGAAGCUGGAACCUCCUUCAUCCGGAAAGUCUAGCAAGAAGAAGAAGUCUGAGGCGGGGCAGGAUAGUACCUCAUCGGAUUAUAAGAAAGUAAAGAAAAAUUUCGGGGAUUAUAAGUGGACCCCUUUGAAUGCCACAAUCACUGAAGUUAUAAUGUGUAUAUCAAUGCGACAACUGAUUGAAAAGUUUAUAGAGAACGGUAAGCUGGUUCGGUUUCUUGUCGGGGAAAAAAGGCAUCAAGAUCUAGCUCAGGCCCCGAGGCCAAGAGAAGAGGAAGAAAGGCGUCAUCGGAUAGAUUAUGCUUCGAGACAAGAGGAAAGGCGAGAAAGGGGGAGAGAGCCCUCUCCAAGGCCAAGAGAGGAGAGGCGCGAAAGGAGCAGGAGUCGGGUCCGAGACAAUGACAACAUCCCGAUAAUCCACACAAUCUCGGGUGGGUUCGGGGGAGGAGGAGGAGAGUCCAGUUCGGCUCGAAAACUUAUGCUAGACAGCUGGAAGAUUUUGAGGUGUAUUCGGUGCGAAAGCCUCCAAAAGCCCGAAGAUGCAGUCCUGUGGUCGUUGGGUUUUCGAAUGAAGAUUAUGCCGGAGUUCACUCCCGCAUACCGACGCCCUUGUUGUAUCAUUGACUAUUGCCAACUUUCAACUUCAGCGAAUACUGGGGAGAAGGUUUCUCCUCUUGGCUCCAUUGAACUUCCUGUCAUUACAGGGACUUAUCCGAGGCAGAAGGUUAUCAUGAUAAAGUUCCUGAUAGUGGACAGGGCCUCGGCGUAUAAUGCCAUUUUCGGAAGAACUGCUCUUAACAAGCUAAAGGCCGUCACUUCAACCCUACAUUUGAGUAUGAAGUUCCCGACCCCUGAAGGCGUCGGGGUUGUGAAAGGAGACUAG